CUCUGACAGGAAUUACUGAACUCUAUUCAGACAGGUCCAAAUCGCAUCUGCUGCUUAAUUCCAGUUUCAGGAUAGUUUCGAUCAAAAACACAAGAUUAGCACAAAUCUUCUGGCAUCCCUACACCUACAGAUGGCUGGAGGAAUUGAUGUUUCAUCAAACGACCAAAGCUAUGACAGAAUGGAAAUGCUAAGGGCGUUCGAUGAAACAAAAGCUGGUGUAAAGGGCCUGACUGAUUCAGGAUUGCUGAAAAUUCCUAGGAUUUUCGUGAGGCCAUCUGAGGAGCUGGCUCAAGAGUUGACAUGCAAAAAGACUCAGGUUCAAGUUCCUCUGAUUGAUCUGAGUGGAAUCCUGAACGCUGACAGGCGGAAGCGGAUUGUUGAAGAAGUAAGGAUUGCCUCAGAAAGCUGGGGGUUUUUCCAGGUGGUGAAUCAUGGGAUUCCUCUAACUGUGCUUGAUGGGAUGAUUGAUGGUGUCCGGAAAUUCAACGAGCAGGACGUUGAGGAGAAAAAGAAGUAUUAUUCAAGGGAUCGGAUGAGAAGAGCAAGAUUUACCAGCAGUCAUGAUCUGUUCCAUUCAAGAACUGCUAGCUGGAGGGAUACCUUGAGCAUUUCGUUUUCGGACCCUGAUGAAAUCGAUCAUGACGAAUUGCCUGCUUGUUGCAGGGAUUCAGCUCUGGAAUACUCGAAACAUGUCGAAAUCCUGGGAAAUAUACUGUUCGGGCUAUUGUCGGAGGCUCUUGGUCUCAAAACUGAUCACCUGAAAAACAUGGAAUGCUCUCAGGGGCACCGCCUCCACGGCCACUAUUAUCCAGCGUGUCCUGAGCCUGAACUGGCUAUCGGGAUAACCAAGCAUUCUGAUGCUGGAUUCCUCACAAUUCUUCUGCAAAGCCAAAUUGUCAGUGCCCUCCAGGUUUUGUAUCAGGACCAGUGGGUUGACAUUGAACCCAUUCCAGGAGGUUUAGUGAUAAACAUAGGCGAUCUUCUCCAGUUGGUAUCAAACGGGAAAUUCAAGAGCAAUGAGCACAGAGCCAGAGCAACCAGCAUCGGACCAAGAAUCUCCGUGGCAUGUUUUUUUUCUGGCCCUGUGAAUGGAGAUAAGGUUUAUGGCCCAAUUGAGGAGCUGAUAUCAGAACAAAAUCCGGCCAUGUACAAAAAGGUUGCAAUAAGUGAUUAUGUAGCGAAGUUCUUCAAGACUGGACUGGACAGUUUUCGCGCUCUUGAUCAUUUCAAGGUGUGAAGAUGGAAUGGAUCAAGUCAUCGUUGCCUCUGCUGAAUUUAUGGAGUCUAAAGUGAUUUUCCUGUCGCAUGAUACAUGUAAGAUUGGGUAUAUGCAAAAUUUGUAUGUGAACGUGGGUGUAUUUAAACUUUAAACUGCCAGCGUUUUUCUUUACUAAUAAUUGUGAUGUCAAGGUGGUCUUGCAAUUAUGGGAGUCAGUACUUCUUUUUUAUGAAUUAUCAUAAGUUAUAUUUUUGGAUGUAA